AUGGAGGAUAGACCUCUUUAUUCUCUGUGGAUCAGAAAUAAAAAACUUAUGGGCCUUCUGGAUACCGGGGCUGAUCAUAGUAUCAUUAAUGAAGUUGAUUGGCCAAAAGAUUGGCCCCUACAAAGGGCUGAUCAAACCCUUAGAGGCCUAGGGGUUGCCCAAAGUCCUAUGUGUAGUGCUGCUCCAUUACCAUGGAAGGAUGAUGAAGGUCAUAGCGGCCUGGUUCAGCCAUAUGUACUUAAGAUCCCUAUAUCUCUCUGGGGAAGAGACAUUCUUAUUCAAAUGGACCUAAAAUUGACUACUGAAGCCUUUUACAGUGAGAAAGCUCGAAACCUCAUGACUAAAGCUGGAUAUUCAGGUGUUGGAGGAUUAGGGAGGAAAAAUCAGGGUAUUACAAAUUCAGUACCCCUAAGUAAUUAUACCUCUGGGAUUGGUGGACCGGGGUUGGGUUUUUCAUAG